AUGCCGCAUGCCAUGACCGAGGCCAGCGCCCACGAUGCCGUCGUCAAGAACGAGCCCGUCGAUGACCAGGCCGCCAUCCCGAGCCAGGUCGACGCCGACUCGGUGAAGAAGGAGGUUCAGCUGGAUGAGCUGUUUGCCGACGAUGACUCGGAUGGCGAGUUUCCCAGUUCGGCGCCUGUCAAAGAGCCGACGUCGAGUUCGCCGCCGAGGCCACAAUCGCCCGUCGACAUGACGGCCGUCAAGGCCUCGGACCCCGAAGUCAUGCGCAGCUUCUACCAGCGCCUCUUCCCCUGGCGACACCUCUUCCAGUGGCUCAAUCACAGCCCGACGCCGACCAACGACUUUGCCAACCGAGAGUUCGCCUUCACCCUCCAGAACGAUGCCUACCUGCGAUACCAAUCCUUCGCCACCGCCGACCUCCUCCGCAAGGACGUCCUCCGCCUCAUGCCCUCGCGCUUCGAGAUCGGCCCCGUCUACACCACCAACCCCCGCGACCGCAAAACCCUCCGCGGCUCGUCCGCCUUCAAGCCCCUCGCCAAGGAGCUCUGCUUCGACAUCGACUUGACAGACUACGACGACAUCCGCACCUGCUGCGACAAGGCCAACAUCUGCCGCAAGUGCUGGACCUUCAUGACCAUGGCCAUCAAGGUCGUCGACGUCGCCCUGCGCCAAGACUUUGGUUUCAAGCACAUCAUCUGGGUCUACUCGGGCCGGAGAGGAGCCCACGCCUGGGUGUGCGACGGCAAGGUUCGCGGCAUGGAUGACCAGAAGAGGAGGGCGAUCGCGGGCUACCUCGAGGUCAUCAAGGGCGGUGCCCAGAGCGGCAAGAAGGUCAACGUGUGGCGGCCGCUUCACCCCCAUAUCCACCGAAGCCUGGACAUUCUCCGGAGCCACUUCCAAGACGACGUCCUCGCGACGCAGAACCCCUGGGCCUCGGACGAGCAGGCCGAGAGGCUGCUCCAGCUCCUCCCGGACAAGACGCUCAACGAUUCCCUCCGCCGCAAGUGGAGCUCGUCGCCGGGCCGGCCUUCGACCUCGAAGUGGGCCGACAUCGACGCCGUCGCCAAGACGGGCGCGAGCAAGAACCUCGACGCGAAAGCGCUGCUUGAGGCCAAGCAGGAUAUCGUCCUCGAGUACACGUACCCGCGUCUCGACAUCGAAGUCAGCAAGAAGCUGAACCAUUUGCUCAAGAGUCCCUUCGUCGUCCACCCGGGCACAGGCCGCGUCUGCGUCCCCAUCGACACGAGGCAACUCGAGUCCUUUGACCCGCUCGGCGUGCCGACCGUGCAGAGCCUCCUGGCCGAGAUUGAUGCCUGGAAGGCCGAGACCGAGGCCGAGGCUGAGCCUGAGGAUGCCAAAGGCAAGCCGCUGUCGGACUGGGAGAAGACGAGCCUGAGGCCGUACGUUGACUACUUCCGCUCCUUCGUCGCCGCCCUCAUGAAGGAUGAGGGACACGGCCGAGUCAAGAGGGAGCGUGACGAAGACGCCAUGGAGUUUUGA